AAAUAUCUGCCGUGGAAUAUAAGUWAUCAUCAUAAUCAUUACCCAACAGUCUCUCUCUUUAAUCUCACUUCUCUUAUGUACGUUAAUUUUGUCAAUCAGAUACGCAAAAUGCAGAUAUGACACCAUCUGUUGAARAUGAAACAGCUYCACAAGAAGGAACAUCGGUACAAGAAGCAACAGCAUCACCAGAAAACUCCAAUGCGGUAUGGUACACUGAUGAAGCUGAGAGGGACGCUUCUUCCCCCAAGCCAGAGGGGUAUUCUACCACAGUGGUAGGGGGAGUAGUUGUACGGAAACCUUUAUCAUCAAGUUCCUCUCCUGAACACAAGAAAUCCUCACCUGUYAGCACACGAGGRUCAAAGUUCAAGAUGUCAUGGGGGUCAAUCUUCAAAAGAAAAACUUCAAAAUCAGAUAUGAAACCCACUGAGACUGAACAGCUUGAUGGGAAUGAUGGGGUCAUUGAAGAUAGCAGCCAUGUAGCAAAGGAAAGCACACAGGAAGUUGAUAACAUUGAUGYAGGGAAGGAAACAAGCACUMRUAAUGUGGAGGAACCAACAAAGACUUCARAAGACAGUUUACAGACUACUGAACCAGCUCAUGAAGAAAGCAACGGUGGAGGAGCGAUAUUUUCAUCGUGGAAGAGAAAGUGGGUCGUUCUAAAAGAGCGUCAUUUGUAUUAUUUCAAGACGUCAUUCGAUAUCGAGGCUGGUGGGGUUAUAUUUCUGGACGAGAAACGUUCWGUUAGUGCUGCUCCUGAGCUGAAAAGAAAAUAUGCUUUUAAAGUUGACUGCCAAGACCCCAAAGCUCAAAAGCUUUUCCUCGCGGCGGACUCUCAAGAAGCAAUGGAUAAGUGGAUAUCAGUUUUGUCUGCUGCAAAACGAGGAGAAGUCAUCAUACGKAAAACAAACCAGCAAAGUAAUGACAAUGUCAAGAUGCGCAAGAAAACCAGUUCAAUGAAUAAACGUUGUGGUAGCGUAUUAGGUAUUGGUGGCAUUUAUGAGUAUGACGGGAACCUGCAAAAAACCUCACCCACCCAGAGACGGGCAUCAUUUGGCUCUUCCCCCAAGGAAAACCAAAAACAAUUAGAUCUUACAGUAAUGGCCAGCGGUGGAGGAGAUCCACCUAAUGAUCUCAGUGGACAAGAAAAGCACGAGGAAGCACYUGAGMCUGCCACGCCCAUCUCYGUCCCCGAAAAAACUGAAGCCGAAGCGAAAAUCGAAAAAAUAGAUGAAAGCGAAGUUGAAAAAACUGAAAUGUCGCAAACGAUUGAGUCUACUGACAAGGUUGACCCAGCUUCGCCUAACGAUGAGUCUAGAGUCUCAAACACUGAUGAAAAAGAUSAGGAAAUCACUCCAGAAAUAWCGCCYUCCGUGGAAGAAUCGCCAUCUGAAGAGAGUCUAUCAUCAAAGGACGAARCAAAUAUAGCACCUUUUGAACAAGUAGUCGCUUGUACGGAAGAACAGCUSAACCAAUCACAAGAAAAAUGUGAAGAAGCGAGCCAAGUGGCUGGCAYAACAGAACAGAUUAGCCAGAUUAGUUCGUCUGAACAGACGAACCUGUCAGAGGAGAAAACAGAAGACAUUAGCCAAUCAGAAGAGAGAACAGAACUGGUCAGCCAAUCACAGGACACAACUGUACAGGUCAGCCAAUCACCGAACAAAGCAGAACAAAUUAGCCAAUCACAGGAGAAAACAGAAGAGAUUAGCCAAUCAGAAGAGAGAACUGUACAGGUCAGCCAAUCACAGAACACAACUGUACAGGUCAGCCAAUCACGGGACACAACAGAAACGAUUNGAAUACCGAGUAAAGAGAGAGAUUUGAAGGCAGUGGAUGAAAUUUUAAGCCAGGAUAUUAACCGCCGAUCCCUUCAUGAAUGGUCAAAUCGCUACUCAGAUCUUGCCGAAGACAUAAUUGGAGAACCAUUAGAUGACAAUGAACAAGAUAGCGACCCUUGCAAAGCAAAACAUGAGGAAGAGAUGAACACUAGCGAACGAAGUGAUAGUGAUGCAUUAAACGCGGCAGACAAGAACAAASAGAAUGUCUGCUUUGACACGAAAGAAACGGAAGAGGGGGUAGAGAAGAAAGUCUCUAAAACAAAGGGCUCUGAGGAAGAGAGUAACACCGAAAUUAAGAGCAGCGAAGAAUGUCACGACAGCCAAAACAAAGGUGAAAAUGAUAAAAUACCUGAUAUUGAACAGGAAGAUGUUUCAAGUGACGAAGGCAAAUCGAAAGGAAAGGGUAUGCAAGAUGAGAACGAUUCCAGAAAGGACAUUCCUGACCAGGAAGAUUUUGAUACAAAAUUAUAA